UUGCGCGCAUGCUCAGUGGUGGAGCGGGUGGGAUGGGGCGACGAGGGGUACAAGGGAUCCCCGCUCGCCUCACGUGACCGGAGGCCGCUCUUUCCCAGAGAGCAGCUCUUUUCCCAUUUCCGUUUCCGCCUGGCUGGGUUGAGGAGGAAGGGGAGGAAGAAAGGAGGAGGAGAAGGAGAGGCCGCCGCCGUCGCUGCUGUCGCUAACGCCGUCGUCGGGCUCCCUCGCGGCCCCUCAGGAAAAUGUCAGCUGCUGACGAUUUUUCGUUGGCGGAUGCUCUGCCGGAAAGUUCUCCUGCCAAGAACGCCACCGUAGGCAACACAAAACCUGCCCAGCCGCCUAGCCAGCCCCCACAAGCCGCCUGGCCAGCGUCCAAUCCCUGGAACAACGCUCCAAGUGCUCCCCCAGCCGCUCCGUCCGGAUUGCCUCCCAGCACCUCCCCCGCCAACGUGCCUUUUGGACCACCCCCGACGGGAAUGUAUCCUUCCCUGCCCCCCGGAGCCCCCGUUCCUUUUCCGCCUCCUGGAUCGGCUUGCCCUCCUGGGGGGCCCUAUCCACCACCUGGCCCUGCCCCACCCGGGCAGUACCCUCCACCGAAUAUGCCCUUUCCAGAGCUCCCCAGGGCCUAUGGGGGCCCGACAGAGCCGGCCAACCCCCCUGCCGCUGUCGGCCCCUGGGGAUCCAUGUCCGCUGGAGGAUGGGGGCCCACCGUUGGGGGUCAGUAUCCCGCCCCUAGUGUGCCGUAUCCGCCCCCAGGGCCAUAUUCUGCGCCCACCCAAACACCAGGGGCUGCUCCCACCGUGCCAUGGGGUGCUGUCCCUCCCGGACCUUGGGGACCAUCGCCACCAGCCCCAUUUCCACCGCCCGGAGGGUCCUAUCCUGCUCCCGGACUCUACCCGACACCACCUAAUCCGUACCAAGUGCCACCUGCGCCCGCUGGGGCUCCGUCCAUGCCUGGUGGCCCUCAUCCUUACCGUUGAACUUGUGUUGGUGAACUGAUGAAGAUCUCUCGCUCCCCACCCGUUAUUUGCAACAGAUUUUAAAAUUGUUUUUUGGUAAACUUUUGGAGUCAUAAGAAGCACGCCGGCCUGAGGUGUGAAGGAGCACUCUGCAUAAGCUGGACUCUGUUCACAUGCUGAAAUAACCUUUUUGUUUGUCAAUACGAGUUAGGAUAAACAAGUCAACUGCCCCAGUUCUCCCAUCCCUGAUCAAGUCAAGCUCCUCUCUAGGAAUAAGCGGGCACUGCCCCAGAGAGUAAGGACAACUCCAAAGUAGGCUGGAGGUUUGGUUGACAUGCUGUGACUGCUUUUCAAAUCCUGGACUUGGCGUCCUCACUAGCCUGAGAGUCCAUGCCUUGUGUCUGUGUGUUCUGGUUAUUUGAGUCAUUUCAGAAAACUCUGUGUAUUCUGGGGAGGUUCUUAAAGAAACAGGAUUCCCACACUACAGUUACUCAAUAAACAGAUGGGAAGCAAAAGGCGUUAAUCUGGAGGCCAUUCUCAAGAUUAAACUCGCUUUCUCCCGAUCUUGGGAGAAUUUUGCAGAAUGAGAAUUGAACGCUUGAUGCUUAGUUUCUUGCUCACAACCUCGCACG